UUUUCCUUUUAGCUUCCUUUCAAUACCUUAACAAAAGAGACGCCCACAAACAUCCAGACUGUAAAAGCCCCUUUUGCACUUCCCUUAAUUUAAAUUUGCAAUCUUAAUGAGAUAGCAUUAGAGAAUUAGCAUCUUUAACACACAUAAUGGCCAUUAGUCUAUAUUUUUCACUCCAAUUUUGAAGGGCUGCUUAAUUUUUUUUUUUUUAUCUUUAAUUUCUUUUGUGAUUUGGUUGUAGUAAAUAAACAGAUAAAUACAUUGCAACCCUGAAGUGAAAAUGCAAACAAGGAGUCCAGGGGAAUUGAAAUCAGUGGUGGGAGCAACAGAUACAAGAGGGAAGCACAGGAUUUCUGCUGAACUAAAGAGACUCGAGCAAGAAACUCGAUUCUUGGAGGAAGAACUAGAACAGCUCGAGAGAAUGGAGAAAGCAUCAGUUGCUUGUAAGGAGAUGCUGAUUACUAUCAAAACAAGACCAGAUCCGCUACUCCCACUAACCCAGGGUCCGGUCAAUCCAAUGUGGGAUAGAUGGUUUGAAGGACCACAAGAUUCUUCAAGAUGCAGGUGCUGGAUACUAUAAUGUCUGCAGCAGUUUCCAAGAACCAACUCUUUCUAGGAGUGGUUUUUUUCCAAAAUGUUAAUCUUAACAACGGGACUGCUAUUGGGUACGAUGUGGUUUGAGAAAGUGACGGCUCAAUGUGCAGAAGAUCUCUUUUAAGCAGAUUGAUAUCGUUAAGGUUUUGGAUAUUCACUGUUAUUAGGAGUAAGGGUGUUGAAUGGGUGAGAUGUUUCACCAAAAUUUUCCAUUUUGGAAAUUUUAAUGUACUUAAAUGAUAGUUUUCUAUUGUUAUAUUAUGAUGAUGUUCUUCA